AUGGCUGAUGUAGACCCUGCGGCCGGGGAUGCAUUUACAGGUACGGAACCUCACCUAAAAGGAGAGGUGAAAAUUUUAGGGUCCCGCUUCUGGCAUUCGCUCAUUGUGUCUUUUGGCCAUUUUGGCGGCCACUUUGUAUGGUCUAUUUUGAAUGCGCGCACUGCGCUGUUUCUGUACCGUCUUGGUGUUUCGAAAAGCGUCUCGUCGUUUGUUAUGAUGGGUGGUCCUGCGAGUGGGCUAAUUGUGCAGCCUUGUGUUGGCGUCAUAUCGGAUGGUUGUACGAGCCGGUGGGGGCGGCGACGUCCGUUUCUCUUUGCGGGCAUGGUGUGUUGCGUAGCGGCACUCUGCAUCUUGGCGAUCGCGAGUACCUAUGCAAAGGAGGAAAAUUCUCCGUCGCUCCUUGUUACCCUGAUAGGUAUUUUGGCUUUGAUAUUUAUCGAUAUUACGAUUAAUGCAAUGUCCGCUGCUCAUCGUGCCAUCACACUUGAUGUGAUCCCAGCAAAUGAUCAAGGUACAGUUAAUGCAUGGGCGACUAGAUUCGGCAACUUUGGCUCGGUGUGCGGGUACCUUUUUGGAGAGAUUGAUCUUGCACGGCGCCUGCCAUUUCUUGUCAAGAAUCUUGGCCUCGAUCAGCUCGGUGUGCUUUGCCUUUUUGGCGCCUUCUUUCUUAUCCUGUCGCACAUUUCCCUUUUUGUGUGCAUAAGCGAGUCUGUCUUGAUUCAGUCGCAGUUGGAUGAGAGGCAGCGCAAUGUAACCCUUGUCGCUUUUCUCAAGCAUCUGUACAAGGUUGCCAAACGUCUUCCAGACUCCAUCCGGCAUCUUUUUGUGAUCCAGUUUUUUAGCUGGUUCGCUUGGUUCCCAAUGCUUUACUACAGCGCUCCAUGGGUUGCCGAAAUAUACCAAGCCGCGAUGGAAGCCCCGGAAAAACAGCAUGGUCCAUAUCAAAUAUCUGACAAGGCACGCAACAAAGGCAGUUUCGCCAUGUUCCUCUAUGCGUGCACUGCGAUGGCAUGUUCUAUUAUACUACCUUGGCUUAUCUCUGACAGCCGCAGACAUCUGCAAAAAGAUGGACUGGGCGACUAUGCACCUGCAUCUACAGUCUUUGCGUUACAGGAUCCUCCCGACACUGCUUCCGAACCGCAAGAACUCCAUCAAGAUACCCCCGAACGUACGCGCCGCUUUCUACCACGACUCUUUACUAUCUGUCUGCAUAUGCCCACCAUACCGGAAAUGUGGUUUGCGUCGCAGAUACUGUUUUUCGCAUGCUUUCUCCUAUUUACGUGCCCUAUCUUCAACGCACAUAGCGUUGUGGGCGCAUUUAUGCUCAUCGGUGUGCUUGGAUUUAGUUGGGCGAUGACGCUCUGGGCUCCCUUUGCACUACUGGGCGCCAUGCUGAACGAGUCCGGCCGCGUACAUAUUCCCCUUUCAGGGACGACGGAAAACAUUUCCAUGGCGCCGCUGGACUGCAAUGCCGAGCCUGUUAGUAUCGAAGCUGGCGCGCAUAUAGUCCCUCCAGCUCGAAAAAAGGGACUCUCCAUCCAGGCAGGGACGAUCAUGGGGCUCCAUAAUUGGAGCAUUGUCUUUCCGCAAUUGGCCGCGUCACUCCUCUCGUCACUAGUAUUUUGGCUGCCUACGCGUAUAUGGGACAAGGCGACAGCACAGGCCUAUGACAGCACAGGCCUCUUGUUUCGCCUCGUGAGUCUGAGCACUCUGCUUGCAGCCUACUGCACUUGGCUGUGGAUCCAACGCUACGACGCGCAUUCGGGAUCCACCAUGCAGCGAUAG